UAUUUCAUCUUAUAGAUGCACAUGUUUAUUGCUCGCUACUGUGACCUUUUAAACGUGGACAUCUCUUGUGAUGGGUGUGAUGAGAUUGCCCCCUGGCAUCGCUACCGGUGCCUGCAGUGCAGCGACAUGGAUCUCUGCAAGACUUGCUUCCUAGGUGGGGUGAAGCCUGAGGGCCACGGAGAUGACCACGAAAUGGUCAACAUGGAGUUUACGUGUGACCACUGCCAGGGUUUGAUCAUAGGCCGGAGGAUGAACUGCAGUGUGUGCGAUGACUUUGACCUUUGCUAUGGGUGCUAUGCGGCCAAGAAAUAUUCCUAUGGCCACUUGCCUACCCACAGUAUCACUGCCCAUCCAAUGGUGACCAUCCGGAUCAGCGACCGGCAGAGGCUCAUCCAGCCCUACAUCCACAACUACUCCUGGCUGCUCUUCGCCGCCCUGGCUCUUUAUAGCACCCACCUGGCCAGCGCUGAGGACGUGGACGGCGAAAAGCUGGACCCCCAGGCCCGCAGCAGUGCCGCCACCCUGCGGAGCCAGUGCAUGCAGCUCGUCGGGGACUGUCUGAUGAAGGCUCACCAGGGAAAAGGUCUUAAAGCUCUAGCUCUUCUUGGCAUAUUGCCAGACGGUGACUCUACUUCAGAAAAGCAGGCCCCACCAGUCACUGUGCCCACCCAAACAUCAGAGGAGCAGCCAGAGAAAAAAGCCAUCCAGGCUGCUGUGGAGCCAACUGAUGCAGGCCCAUUUGUGCACCGCAGUGGGACGAGGGAUGUCCCUGAGGAGGUCAGACCUUUAGACUGCCGGCAGAGGAGCAAGGCAGCGGGCGGUGCUUCAUUCCUGAAGGGGCCUUCCUGCCAGACGCAGGUUUCAGACUCACCUGCAGGUGCCUGCGCACCUACGGAACUUCCAGAUGCUGAAAAUUCAGAAGCAUCAUCUCAGAAGCCCAUCGAGGAAAAGGCAGUUACUCCAAGCCCUGAGCAGGUGUUUGCUGAGUGUUCCCAGAAGAGGAUUUUGGGAUUAUUAGCAGCCAUGUUACCUCCCUUAAACUCGGAUCCCACGGUCCCCCUGAUAGACCUGGAGCACGUGCUCCCACUCAUGUUCCAGGUCGUCAUCUCAAACGCAGGCCACCUGAAUGAAACGUAUCACCUCACCCUGGGUCUUCUCGGCCAGUUAAUCAUCCGCCUUUCACCAGUGGAGGUAGAUGCCGCAGUGACCAAGGUCCUCUCAGCCAAACACAACCUGUUUGCAGCAGGGGACAGUUCCAUUGUGCCAGAUGGCUGGAAGACCACCCACCUGCUCUUUAGCCUGGGAGCUGUGUGUCUGGACAGCCGCGUGGGCUUGGACUGGGCCUGCUCCAUGGCGGAGAUCCUGCGGUCACUCAACAGCGCCCCCCUCUGGCGUGACGUCAUUGCCACCUUCACAGACCACUGCAUCAAGCAGCUGCCUUUCCAGCUGAAGCACACCAACAUCUUCACGCUGCUGGUGCUGGUCGGCUUCCCCCAGGUCCUCUGCGCGGGGACCCGCUGUGUUUAUAUGGAUAAUGCCAAUGAACCACAUAAUGUGAUCAUCUUGAAGCACUUUACUGAGAAGAACAGGGCUGUGAUCGUCAAUGUCAAAACCCGGAAGAGGAAAACAGUGAAGGACUACCAGCUGGUCCAGAAAGGAGGAGGACCGGAAUGCAGCAACUCUCAGGCCCAGCUGAGCCAAUACUCCCAGCACUUUGCCUUUAUUGCCAGUCACCUUCUGCAAACCAGCAUGGACAGCCAUUGUCCCGAGGCAGUGGAAGCAACUUGGGUCCUGUCCCUGGCCCUCAAAGGAUUAUACAAAACACUAAAGGCUCACGGUUUUGAAGAGACUCAUGCUACCUUCCUUCAGACUGAUUUGCUGAAGCUGCUGGUGAAAAAGUGCAGCAAAGGGACCGGCUUCAGUAAAACGUGGCUCCUCCGGGACCUGGAAAUUUUGUCCAUCAUGCUGUACUCUUCAAAAAAGGAGAUCAGCACUUUGGCUGAGCAUGGAGAGCUGGAGCUUGAUGAGCGAGGGGACCAGGAGGAGGAGGUGGAACGGUCAGUCAGCAGCCCGGGUGAGCCGGAGCAGAAGAAGCUAGACCCUCUCGAAAGCCUGGAUGAGCCCACCAGAAUAUGUUUCUUGAUGGCUCACGACGCCCUCAAUGCCCCUCUGCACAUUCUCCGGGCCAUAUACGAACUGCAGAUGAAGAGGACUGACUCUUUCUUCCUGGAGGUUCAGAAGAGGUAAGGGACAUUUAGAUGCAGCCAAAGUGUAGUGAGUGAGGCAACCAGUAAGGGCGGGACUCUGUUUACCUCCUGCCAACUAGAUCUGGAUAAAAACUCCUGAUGGGCCAAAGAGCAGUUGGUUUUCAGUUCUUCAUAAAGCAACAUGA